GCGGAUAGAGGGUUCGUAUAGCUCAAGAGGUCGUGGCGAGAGUGAAUGCAUGUAUGCGAGAGAGUUCGUGGCGUGUUUUUUCGUGUAUGGGCGAAGUUCCGUUCGUGCUCGUAUUUUUGUAGCAAGAUUUCGUUGUGCAUGAACUCUUGCGCCUUGAUUGCGUUCUCAAUGCCUCAUCGGUGAUUGUCCGUAUCUGUGUCCGCGGUGAGUGCUUCGAGUCGCGUGUUGUUCGUGAGGUAUGGGCACGUAUUACUCAGUCACCCAGUGAUCGGGUACAACAACCCUUGUGUAUUUGCGGGUGCUGCGCUCGUUUUGAGUAUGGGAUAACACUGUCGGAUACACGCAAAAAGGUGAGCCAAUGGUGCUGUCCAGGCAACCCACCAUAACCAAUCAAAGUCUUGACCGCCGGUGACGUCACGCCCAACGUCACCAUGGACGCAACCUCGGGUUUACUCAAGGGCCCCGUGGACGCCGGCCUCACGUCUGACGUCCUCAGGGUUCGGGCUGUCGAGUACUACUCAUCCUGUCUGCCGGAGGGCUCUCGCAUCUACAAGAGUGGCAGUAUGACACACCUCAACGGUUGCUGUUCCAGUCCCCUCACCAAAUUCGGCACCUCCGAACUUCGACACGGGGUUCGGGCUCCGAGGCACUUUGCGGAACGACCCCAUCGAACGCACAGUGAGAGGUCCAACAACAGGGUCGUCGUGGAGAGGACAGGAAAUGGAGUGGUUAAUGGUGGCUCGGCAACGAAGGCAAGUCUGUACCGGAGUAACAGCAGUCUGGAUCUGGACCAUGGCGAGGAUCUGGAUCAUCCGGCGUCUGCGCGAAGAGACUAUGGCAGCGCGUCGUCGUUGGACCUGCUCGGUUCACCGGGCGACAGCAGCUUCUUUGCCAUGUUGAGGGAGUUCCGUCGGAUCGAGGAAGAUCAGCGAAGUCCGGGUCCCGCAAAGAUCCACGAGCUGCUGAGAGGCAGAGUGGAUCCGACUCCAGCUUUGCAGAAUGCAUCCAAUGCACUGGCCAACGGAGCGCUGGAAGAAGUGCAGAGUCCGAAAUUGAAGACCAAAUUUCACAAGCUGCUGGAGAUUAAAGACCGAGGGAAAGGCUGGAGCCGCGGGAACGACUCCAUCUUCAAGAAACUGCGCGGGGGACGAAGCGACUCCGGCGACAACAAGUGCGCCGACAACGGCGGACUCGAUCCGGUGGAGGAGAAGCUAAGGAAGAAAGCUUUUGCGCACUACGACUGCCAGAGCAUUACGGCGGACCUCAGCGAAGCGUCCAUCCGCCUCGCGAGCCUGUUGAGCAAGCGGAGGAACACGACGACCGGGGCGUCGGCAGCAUCCAUGUUGAGCCGGACUCCAGAGUGCUGCGGGCCGGAGGACAUAGACGUGGAGUGCGCGUUGGACAAUGGCGACGGCCGCGAGACGCUGCAACUGUUGAGUUGUCCGUUCUUCCGCAACGAGAUUGGGGGCGAAGAGGAGAGGGCAGUGAGCUUGAACCGAGUGACGUGUCAGAGACCACAGAAGCAGGGAAAGGGGGGAACAAAGGGGGGAAAGCUUGGGGGAACAGUGACGAGUGGUGUGGUGCUGCACAGGCCAGUGUCUGCGUGCGGACUGUCUGUGUUGGAGAGCAGUACGAAGGGUGCCAGGUGGAGGUUGAAGUCGUGUCCAUACCAGCGGCCGUCGACGUUGAUAGAAGGGGUCGACCACGGGGCUUCGUACUACAGGACUUACUUUCAUGGCAAGGAGCAUCAGAACUGGUUUGGCAUCGAUGAGCACUUGGGACCCGUCGCAGUCAGCAUCAGGAGAGAAAAGAUGGACGAUGCAGAGGGGUCGUCAAACAGCACAUCAUCCUCCACAAAUUCCCUCAACCAGCAGUCACAGUAUCAGUACAGGCUGGUUGUUCGCACCAGUGAACUUGCAGUUUUACGAGGUACAAUCCUCGAAGAAGCCAUCCCAAACCUCCCGUCGGCUCGGAGCUCCUCGAGCCGCGGUUCCCUCCCCGUGCGAGAGGUCCUGGAGUACGUCGCUCCAGAAUUCCAGACGUCUUGCCUCAGGCUCGGAAUUCAGGGCACGCAGACGGAGGAGCAACUCAUGAAGCUCGACGAGCAGGGUCUGAUGAAAACGUACAAGGUUGGAGUAAUGUACUGCAAAGCGGGACAAGCAACAGAGGAGGAAAUGUACAACAACGAAAUGUCCGGGCCCGCAUUCGAAGAGUUCCUCGAGAUGCUGGGCCACAAGGUGCGACUAAAAGGCUUCGAGAACUACAGGGCAGGCCUCGACAACAAGACUGAUACGACAGGACUGUAUUCCGUGUACUCGAGGUUUGAAGACUGCGAGGUCAUGUUUCACGUAUCAACGCUCUUACCCUACACUCCGAGCAACAAGCAGCAGCUCCUGCGCAAGCGGCACAUUGGCAACGACAUCGUCACCAUCGUGUUCCAAGAGCCAGACGCGCAGCCCUUCACUCCAAAGAACAUCAGAUCACAUUUCCAACACGUCUUCAUCGUCGUCCGUGCCAUUGAUCCCUGUACAGAGAAUACGAGAUACAGCGUGGCUGUGAGCCGUUCCAAAGAAGUCCCCGCAUUCGGCCCGCCCAUUCCGGAUGGUCCGCCUUUUCCAAAGUCCAAAAAGUUCACCGAAUUCAUCUUAGCCAAAGUAAUUAAUGCCGAAAACGCUGCCCACCGGUCCGAAAAGUUUGCAACCAUGGCACAGCGGACGAGGCAGGAGUAUCUGAAGGACCUGGCGAAUAACUACUCCACCAAUACUACGCUAGAAUCCGGGCCAAAGUUCUCCAUUUUAAAUUUCGGCAUCAAGAAGAAGGAGCGCAACCGGCCGCGGUUCAUUCCCGAUGCCUUCGUGCAGGGAGCAAUUGCGUGGCAAGUACAGGUGGAAGAUCACGGCCAGUCCUCAGUUUGUGACUGCAUCCUGGGCAUCUCGGCCGAGUCCCUGGUGCUGCUCGAAGAGUCCACGAGGGAACUGGUUUUUGGCUGCCCGACGUCGUCCGUUGUCGGCUGGUCGUCACACUCUGGAAGCCUAAAGCUGUUCUACCACCAAGGAGAAUGCAUUGUGCUGAAGACGAAAGACCCAGAAGUGGACGAGAUUCAGGAGAUUGUCUCGAGAUUAAGUUGUGUGACGAGCGCGUGCGAGACGCAAGAACUGAUCUUGAGGCGCAACAGUUUGGGCCAGCUGGGAUUUCACGUUCAGUUCGAGGGCAUCGUGACGGAAGUUGAGAAUUACGGCUUCGCCUGGAAGUCGGGAUUACGGAAGGGGUGUCGCCUGGUCGAGAUCUGCAAGGUAGCAGUUGCCACGCUGAACUAUGACCAGAUGGUGGACCUCCUGAAGACGUCCAUGACAGUUAGUGUGACGGUCGUUCCACCGCACAAGGAUGGCUCGCCCAGAAGGGGCUGCAACCUUCACAACUGCAGUUACCUGGCUGCAGGUAUGGGAGACUACGAAAACGUUGGAAACUUCGACUCGACAGAGGGAACAUCAGUGCGCAGUCACGCUGCUGCUGGCCAGCAGGUGCCAUCGUACUCACAGUUUUCUGCAAGGAGUGAGUCUCAAGCAAAGUGUCAAAACCUACAGGGGAGGCCUUACGACAGCAGGACGGAUCAAAAUCGCCGGACGCCAUCAAACCGGUCCCACCAGUCCCCACCUCCCGUGCCCGCUCGAGCAUCUCGCACGCCGCCCGGGGGAGGGAGCAGCAGUGGGUACAGGACCCCGGAGAGCCCCUCGUCGCUGCCUCCGCUAGGGGUGCAUCUAGGGAACGGCCUGCCUGACAACACGCCCCUCAUGCACGUCGGCUCGUUGGUGGCGUCGAGGAGUGAGCUGUCUCUGGCACAGCUUUCUUCGUCAAGUCAUCAUCAUCACCAUCAUCAUCACCUGGGCUCGAUGCCGUUCGGCUACAGCGGAAGGGUGCUGCAGGCAGUCGAGAAUUUCUCUGCACAGAUAAAAAGCCAAAGCGAGCUGAACGGCAGGUCUCCGUCAUUGCCGAGAGACUUGGUGAAAGGUUUGGAAAAAUCGACCCACCUUCUCAGCUCGGACUACCAGUCGGACAGUUCCAGCGACUGGCAGCUCGGCACAAGCAGUGCAGACGAACUUUCUUGCGGGAGCCACCGCAGCACUCCUCCCCGUAGCUGCAGCUACCGUUCGGAUCUCGGAUCGAGCCAGAACAACAGCCCUCGGGCGUCUGCACGGAGAGCCACCACCGCUUGCGAACCGAGCAACAGGCCCGGCCGUCUGCGUGUCGCCGUGUGCUCGUCUGCUUCAUCUAGGCCACCGUCCUCCAUCAAAGCUGGGAGUAGUAGCACGGGGAGUGGAGGUUCUACGGGGUCGACACUUCAGGAAGACCUCCUGAAGCUUAUCAGCCCCGAGUACUUGGACAGUGACAGCGAGGAGCCGACGUCAGUGCCAUCUGAAAGCGGAAGCUGUCACACGUGCCUUUCCACUCCCUACUCUUCUCUCGAACGAACGUCGAGGACGUUGCGAGAUCCCUCGGAUAAUGGGGACGUCAUCCUGACCAAGGCGCAACCCGCGCAGGUCGUGGCGUCCGAACCUUCCUCCCCUGCUCCACCCGAACGGAGAAUGACACGCGACGAAAGGCUAUCGCCCCGUGUGACCUCGGACAAAGUUCUGAGCAAGUUGAAGCCCCCCGCGAGGGCGCCCCAGCCAAUGGUGCCGGUGCCAGAGGGAAGAAAUUUGGACUGGCCGACGCUGGUCGACACGGCCACUAAGGCGAUGCAAGUUGCGCGAAGCUUGGCCAGUAAAGGGUCGUGGUCGGACGCGACGCCGUUACCACCGCCUCCUCCAAAAGAGACGAUGAGCAACGGUCAACCCGUGAAGCAGUUGCACGACCUUGAAGAGAGGGUCGUGAAGCUUCAGGAGACCCUCGCGCUGGAGCAACACGAAAAAGCCACCCUGGAACAACAGGUGCGGCACUUACAAGAGGAGAACCACCGGCUCCACGAAGAGUCCCAGUCUGCGACAGCGCAGUUGAAGAAGCUUACAGACUGGUUCUUCCACACCAUGGAUUCUUCUUCUUCUUCGUAGUGUUUGCGUUGAUGCCUCACUCGGAAGCUUCUGUCGUCUGUUUCGUCGCGUGACAGCCAAACGUUGUUUAUUCAUCCAUCCAUUUUUCGUAGUGUUGUUUUUGAUCUAGCGGUGAUGUAAAUAUAUACUGUUGCUUCCAUCCAGUGUCCAUAGUACGAAUGUAACUUAAAAUGCAGACGACUACGAUAGGCAAGGGCAAGGCUACAAAUGUGAUUUGUUACGUUUACACGUGACACGCGUCCACUUAUGAGAGCAGAUUUGACAUUCUCAGUGUUCGGUUUGGUUACCGAGAGGCAUUUCAAAGUAACCUUUGUAAGCAGUUAUAGAAGCUGUGCAGUACAGCCCACGUAGUAUAAUUAGAGCCUGAAGUUUUCUGGAAAAUAUUUUUACCCUAAAUUCGAGGGGUAAAAAUCGGGUAAAUAAACACUUGCUCUAAGUUCGUGCGAAUUUGGGUGAAAAAACUUUUCAGUAUGCUAAAUUCCUGGAGAAAUUUGGCUCGGUUACUCAAACUGUACUGGUUCGGUACAAACGGUGAUAUAACUGCAUUUGCUGCCAAAUAAGUUAGUGUGCAUUCCUACAGACGUCUCAGCGAGGGCAAUUUGCCGGGUAAAAAUCGGGGUUUCACCCUGAAGAGGCAGCCUUCAAUUCGGGGUGCAAAUUCGGGGAAGAAUCGGGUAAAACCCUAAAACUUCAGGCUCUAAGUAUAGUGCAGUCUAUUGAGUUUUAAAACCUGUACGGCACAACGGCCAUGGCAGAUGUGCGGCGUAUCAGCAACCUCGGAAACCGUAAUUAUUGCGGAUGACUUGUCUUUGAACCAUUAUUGGACCAUAUUGAGGUCCUUUUCUUAAGCAUUUUUACUUUUAUGCGAUGAAUCUGUUACUAUGUGUUUUGCAUAGGACAUUCAUUUAGUCGCUGACUUCACAUUUUGGACAAGAAAUCUGUCAGACCGUUCCAAGUUUAUGUCACUGCCCAACGAUUUAUAUCACGCCUGAACAAUCACCGCCGAGAAAAGUAUUUAGUAACUUAUUUUUCGAUGAAAUGUUUACGUUUCUAAAUUUCUCUACUAGAGGCAACGAAGGUUGAGAGUGCAGUCUGACACAGCAUAGUAGUGUUGCAUUGUCUUUGUACGAUAUUCCGUGUAACAUGUUGUUUAUCAUUUCGGGAACAAAUGUCAUUUUCCUAGCAUUGUACAAUCUUCGUUGAUCACCACGGACAUUUUCGUGAACGUACUUGUCUCUACGUGCCAGGUGCAUUUGUUGAGCUUAUUUAAUGCAGUGUUUUUUUCACAUUACGUCGCAUAUUUAUUACAUUGUGUUUUUUACCAAAGAAGUUUCCCUUCCAUAAGUACACAAAAGUGUUGUGAUUUAGAAUCAAACUAUGCAGGUGUGUCUUUGUGAGUGUGAAAUCAUCUACGAUUGUAAAUAGAUAUAUAUCUUGAUGUACAUAGCUCUACGUAUAUAGAUAUAGAUAGAUAGUUCCGCCUUUUUCUUCAACUAACAUUGUUGGGCUGUCUUUUUUUGUGGUUUCUAGGCCUAGUCACGUAUGCCCUGUGUUGAAAUUUUAGUUUAUUAUACACGCAUUGAACAUUUUCUGUGACUUUUGUAUAUAAGAGUACAGCCAUCUGCUAUAAUAAAUGAACGACAGUUAUUAUACCA